UAGAUACUGUGGGUGCCCACACGCAGCAGUUCGAGGCUACGCGUGGACCAAAAUACUGACUGAGUCGGGAAUCGAGCUCCUCGAAACAUGCCAGGAUAAGAAAGCCGGAUGCACUUCAUUUUUCUACCGCGAUGAGAGGAGCAAAGCUGGAAAUGACAGCGCAAUCGAUUCCAAAAAGUUGAGACCCGACAACGACACAAGCAAGAGCUGUCAAUAUGCCAUGUUUCACGCGCGUCGGAGUAACCUGUAGUCUGCUGUUCUUCCUUCUGGGGGCCCAGCUACAAUUCAUUCGAUGUAUUCGGAAGGAUGUGCUUGCCGGCCGCCUUGAGAAUGUUACGCAAACAAUAUCAAACAUUCUUCAGGGCUACGACAUUCGACUCAGGCCCAAUUUUGGGGGAGAACCUCUACAUGUCGGCAUGGAUUUGACCAUAGCCAGCUUUGACGCCAUAUCAGAGGUUAACAUGGAUUAUACGAUAACAAUGUAUUUAAAUCAGUAUUGGCGCGAUGAGCGUUUGGCAUUUAAUAUCUUUGGACAAUAUUUUGAUGGCGAUGAGAGUGACGAUGGCAUAAAUGAUGUGCUAACAUUAUCAGGAGACUUUGCUGAAAAGAUAUGGGUACCAGACACGUUUUUCGCUAAUGACAAAAACAGCUUUCUGCACGACGUCACUGAGAGAAAUAAACUGGUGCGUCUCGGCGGCGAUGGUGCUGUUACAUAUGGCAUGCGGUUCACCACAACCCUCGCGUGUAUGAUGGACUUGCACUACUAUCCAUUAGACUCCCAGAAUUGCACUGUCGAAAUAGAGAGCUAUGGAUAUACGGUCAGUGAUGUGGUCAUGUACUGGAAGCCAACGCCGGUCCGUGGUGUGGAAGAUGCGGAACUGCCCCAGUUUACCAUCAUUGGCUACGAAACCAACGAUCGCAAGGAGCGACUGGCCACUGGGGUCUAUCAACGUCUCUCGCUGUCAUUCAAACUGCAGCGGAAUAUCGGAUACUUUGUGUUCCAGACCUACCUGCCCAGCAUUCUGAUUGUGAUGCUGUCGUGGGUCUCGUUUUGGAUUAACCACGAGGCGACGAGCGCCCGGGUUGCACUGGGCAUCACCACGGUCCUCACCAUGACCACAAUUAGCACCGGUGUUCGCAGUUCACUGCCUCGUAUAUCGUAUGUUAAGGCAAUCGACAUUUAUCUGGUCAUGUGCUUCGUCUUUGUGUUUGCAGCCCUUCUCGAAUAUGCCGCCGUUAACUAUACAUACUGGGGCAAAAGAGCUAAAAAGAAAAUAAAGAAGGUCAAGGAUUGCUGUCCAGGGAAGAUCGGAAAGAGUGAAAGAUCCGAAACGUGUUCAACGACCGAGGACAUAAUCGAGCUGCAGGACGUCCGCAUGAGUCCUAUACCAUCUUUGCGAAGAGGCACAUAUAACGCCACCCUCGAUUCCAUUGGCACCGAAACCAUGAAUUUGGGAAAGUUUCCGCCAAGUUUUCGAAUAACCCGUAACUAUGGCACCGGACACAGCCAGCUCAGGCGACGGGCACCGAGGGGAAUCUCGGCCCGCCCACGCAUGUUGCAUGCACUCAAAAGGGGUGCCUCUGCCAUCAAAGCCACUAUACCGAAAAUCAAGGACGUCAAUAUUAUUGACAAAUACUCCCGCAUGAUAUUUCCGAUCAGUUUCCUUGCGUUCAAUCUUGGCUAUUGGCUGUUUUAUAUUCUGGAAUGAUAUAUAUAUGCCGAAAACGAGUAGUUAAUUCCCCUAGAAACAGAACCACAACAUCCAAAUACAACUUUUUAUAACCUCCAUAAUAAAGAUUGACAUCGCCAUAAUAUUUGGGCGUACCUGA